CUCGGCGCUCCUUUCCUUUAGGCUCCAGCCAAAGUUCACCGCACCGAACUGUUGGACCAUAGUGUUGAUGGUGCCGAGGAAGUGGAGGAUGAGAGAGAUUCGUGUCAAGGGGAGCAGUCUCCGGUAAUGGACCGGAACCCGUCACCACCGCCUGACACCGAUGAGGGGCAGGAAGAAGCCGUGGACACCAUCGGAGAGACUGUGUACAGCAAGCAUUGGCUUUUUAGCACCUUGACCCGACUUAUUCAGCUGGCCACAGAGCAAGAAAAAGGGGCCGCGGAUGCUCAGAUGGAGCUCACAGAUAACGAUGAGGAAGAUCUGUGCAUAGUCUGGGAUAUGGCAACGGAUAAGGAUGUGGCUGGUUUCCUGCAGGAAUUCAAGGCUGCAGAUAUUCUUCUUGGAGUGAUAGCCAAAUCUCGCUGUCCUCGUCUCACGGAAAUCUGUGUGGGCAUACUCGGGAACAUUGCUUGUUUCCCGGACACUUGUGUGUCUCUCAGCCAAAAUGAAGACCUAGGUGCGGUGCUGUUGCUUCUCUUUGGAGAUACUGAUCCACCUACCCUUUUGGAGACGAGCAGAUUACUGCUUACCUGUGUAUCUCAGAAAGAUGUCUGUCCCCUGUGGCUCCAACGAAUACGACAGCAGAAGUCCGUUUGCCCCAGCCUCUGUUUCAUUAUGAGCAGCUCUACCAACAUAGACCUACUGGUUAAGGUCGGGGAGCUGAUGGACAAACUGUUUGACCUGGAUGAGGAACUGAUGAGGAGCUGGAUCACAGCUCAGCAGACUGAGGAAGAGGAGGCUUGUGAGAGAUAUCCAGAUCUAGCCUCAUCCCUGCUUGAAGCUGCCAAGCAGCUUAGAUCAGAGAGUUCAGAUGGUUUAGAGGUAUAUCUACAUAUAUUCCAACUUCUGACCACCAUAGUUGAAGGAAUUCAGACAUUAGCUGUCCCAGAGGGACCAGGCAGGGAUGUCUGGGACUUCCUCUGCAACGUCGUGUGUGAGGAUCUUUGCCAGCCAGACAAGCCUUCACUUGUCUUACAGGAGCAGAAGGUUCUUCUGUUUCAGGCAUUGGCUGUUCUUUCAGCUCUCUACAGAUGUCAGGAUCAGCUGCACAACCUCACUGAAAAAUGCUUCCCACUGGUUGGAAGUAUUUUUCAGGUGCUUCACUACUGUAAAUGUCAAGAGGACAAGACUGAGGACUGUAAUGACUCAGAGGAUGCUGGGAAAGAAGAGCCUGGAGAUGUACAUUUGGUGGCCUUGGUGGAGACCACAUCUGAGUUUCUAGCUGACAUCUUCGUUCAUAUCACCAAGGAUACUGUGGCAGAGAUGGUGAAGAAAGGCUUCCUGACGGAGAAGACUUGUCUCUCAGCAGUGAGCAGUUUACUUCCCCAGUAUAAGUGUGCACUGCAGCACCUGGAGUCCUUGUUGUCAGAGACUGAUCCCCAGUUGGCAGACGUGGUAAGAAAAGGGAUUCCAGUCUGAGGCCUCCAGCAGGUCUUUGUGCAGCAAUCAUCCAUACCCACUUCAUUCAGAGGGACCCAUCCAGCCACUUGAAUUGUUCUGAGGAUGCUGUUUCUAUAUUUGCUUUGUUUUUGUAAAUUGUUGAAUGUUUCAUUUUGAAUAAAAUUUCCCUAUAAAUGGACUUCU